UUGCGCGUAGUCCCUCCCCGCGCCGACAUUUGAAAACGGCUUCGUGAAGAACCACACACACAGAGAAAGAAGAGUCCGUCCGGCGAAGAAAAACAUAAACAUAGUCAGACAUGGCUCCCAGGAAAAGGACCACCAAGCAACGGAAAAACAACCCCAAGACGGCCAAGCUGGAAGCUUUUCUGGAGGACUUUGACAGCGAGGUGAAGACCAGAGUUGGUCAACUGAAAGAGAAGAUCAACCAGCUGCUGAAAGAUGUUGACAACAGCUACAACAUGGCACAAAUUAAGCUCCCCAAGGCAGUCCGUCAAAUGGUCUGGUUGGAACAUUUCAGGGCAGAGAAACCGAAGUCACCAGAAGUGGACAAUACAAAGAGAGAAGAGGAAGCUGCUAUUGUGGACAGCGUUGUGGCUGAGGACCACGCAGUCCUUCUGAAAUCCGUCAAGAAAACGUCAAAGAAAAAGGGUGCAGCCAGUUGCAGUUUGGAGGAUGAAAAGACCCCGGCCACAACAAGAAAGGGCAAAGCAACAAGGAAACCUCCAACUACAUCAAAAAGAGCAAAGGCGCUGACAAUCAGCAAGCAGAACAACUCCAUCAGGCGGUCGACGAGGAAGCCAUUGGUCACUCCUGCCAGGAGUAUGCUGGAUUCUUCUUUUAUAAUGGGUCCCACUCCCCUCAUUACGCCACGCUUCGACCCUAGGCUUCCUAAGACCCCUGCUGUGAGGAUUCCCCGCCACAAAGAGAGGGUUUAUAGCAUUUCAGUCAACGGCUCUCCCAUUUCAGCAGGAAACGAGGACAUUGUCAUCAACGUUCCCAUUGGCAACGGAGAGAGCAUUCAGUUAUUGGCCAGUCAGUUGGACUCAGUGGACCUGUCUGUACUGGAUGAGACCGCUCUGGCGAGCAUUCGGCUGCUGCAGAAUCGCCUUACAACCCUGUGUGGAACAUCAGAGUGACCCAACCCUCUUCUGUCGACUUGUACAUUUUAAACACAUUGUAUCUAUGUUUUAAAGCUUUGCAUGCUCUGCUGUGGUGUUACUUAUAUGUGAGAUAAAUGUGGGUUAUUUUAGCAUUUGUUUUAUUCCUUUACUUUUGUAAUAUAGCCCUUGCUAAUCUUUCACUUUCAUAUGGGUACUGGUAUUACCCUAAAGCUUUAGUUAAAUGAUAGGUCUGUACUCUGCAAAUAUGAUUUACUAUACAUUCUUUGAUUUGUAAGUAAACUCUAAUCUUACAUUUAUUGUGUUUUUUUAUUUUGUUGUUGUUGAAUCAACAAUUUCUCCAUGUACAUAGAUCAUUAUCUGCAAAACUGUAAGGAUUCUGACCACAGCUUUCAAUUGUGUCAUAUAGUUUAUUUGGGAUUGGAAUGUGUUGGUUGAUAAGAGUGUGGAUGAGUAGCUUGAUCACAAGAAUGCCAUGUCGUUAUUUAAAAUGAUGCUAUAAUUAUGUGAACGUACAAGACAGUUCUGUCUUUUGGGAAGAUAUCUUCAUCCUGUACCUUUACAUGGUGACCAGUAGGUGGCAGCAUUUCACAAUAGAAGCUUGCUUGCGUGCUUGUCUUGCUUAGUCAGAGCAGCCUAUGACAGUUUGAUUUCUCCAGUUAUAUCCUGUCCUCAGUAUUACAUCUGUGGUCAUGAGACCAGAAAUGAAAGUAAAACCUUCUUUCAAAACCUAUUUCUUAUGUUGAUGAUCAAAAGAAGAAAACUAACACUCACAAUCUCGAUAUUCACUUUAAGAACCUUAAACACAGUAGGCCUACUAUACUGUAACUUUGAAUACUUGUAUGUACAUCAUAUAUUUACUGGUGGAAAAAAAAAAAACAAUAUUGUUUUCUUGUUCUGCACUUCACUGCUGAGCUUGGUUUAGUUUAUGGAAGCAGAGAGGUUAAUAAAUAAAGUGGCUCUACAGUGUUGGUCCA